UGGUUCCAUCUGUAGUUCUGGAUCUUCCUGCUUUCAUCAUGUUUUAACAUUUAAUCCAUAUCACAUGAGUAAGAGUGAUGUUGAUCUGAAUAUCAGUACGACUGUGACUGGGCCGCAGCAGGGGGCUGUUUCAUUAAAGACGCUAAGAAAAGUAGGGAUUAAAGUCCAAAACAUGAUCAAUGUCGAUCAUGGAUCAAAUCGAUCAACAUAUAUUUAUGUUGUUUAAUGCAUUUGAGAUGUUGUGUUUUCUUCAGUGCAUGACAGACAUGUAACAGAUAUAUUCUUCAUCUGUAAAUGUUAGAAAUUCAUGCAAAUAAAUCCAUUUUGCUGCCAGGAGUGAAUAAGCACUGACAGAAUGCAAUAGAAUAGUAGCACAGUAAUUUUGAGUAAAAUGUAUAUUUUCUAACAGUAUUUAACAUUUUAAUUUUUACAAACUAUGAGUAUAGAAUAAUUUAAACUUUUCAAAUGUUUUAUUUUUAUGUUAAUGUUCUGAAAAAAAGGAUUUUUACUAUCCCAAAUCAGGCUUAUUAUUUGGCAUUUUAGGCUUAUUUUGUGCAUUGUGCAAAUAUAUUUGUGCAGUUAUUUAGCUGAUGAUGCUUCAUUCAUAUCUCUUAUGCUGAGGAAAAAGGCAUCAUGAGACAAAUCCAAAUGCAGCAGGUUAAUAACAAGAGGGAAGCAAACACUGGAAACACAGUGAGCAAAGACCAGAAAACCAAGACUGCAGCAACAACAGAGAAAAUAUCCAAACAAUGAGGAGUAAAAAAUACGCAGGUCUGCAAGUGGGUGGAGCUAAUGAAUUACUAUGACGACUGACUAUGGCAACAAACUAGGAAGAAACAAAGGCAAACAGGAAGGAACACAGGAACAAUUGGAACAGAAACACUGGGGAGAUACAUUCCAAAAUAAGAGCCCAUUAACACAAAACCAAGACAGGAGUACACACGCCAGGAUCAUAACGGAACAGCUCCGGUCGGAGACAGAACAACAGAAACAGGGACUGUCCCUGGAAAAUGGAGAUAUCUGGUUACCCUACAGCUACAGCAUAUUGUGACAACUAUUAGGAAGUGUAUAUAGGAUAUGCUUGAAAUUUGUUUUUGAAAGUUUUUUUUUUUUAAGUAUUUUGAUAUUUUUCAUUUGAUUUCUGGUUUACGUCUGAAACACUUGAUUUAGGGCUUAAGAGAGGAAAGGUGAGUUCUGAUUGAAUGCUGCACAUUCUGAUUGCAAAAAAUAAAAUGCUACUAACUAGUACUUCAUAAAAGCUUGUCAAAUAUGACAUUUGUAAUCAAAAAACAUAUCCAGAUAUUAAAUACAUUCACUUGCAAUGAGGAGAAACAUUGUUUGUUGUAUUUAUUGGUAAACUGUUCAUUGCAGUUUGAUGGUGAAUCACUUCCAUUGUCUCACUGUCAGUGAUUUUAAGAGCAGAAAAAUUAAAAUGACUUUAAAUCAAGUUUGUUGGUGCUGCAUGUGUACCUGAAGAAGCUGGAGUCAUCACUAUUCUUCCAGAUCUUCACCUGCACACUGACAGCAAUGGCGACAUCAUUUUAGUGAUGUAGUGUUUUUUCUGGAUUGAUCAGGGCAAUCCAUAAACAUUUGACCGAUAUUGUGUAUUUCAUUCAUGAAGACUGACUUGAAAUAAGUGAUAGUGUCAGUCAGGUUGAGCUAGUGCAUCUCCUCUCUCUGGGAAAAGGCAGAAAGAGAGAAACAGAGAGAGAGAGGAAAGAACAGGAUGUCUGACGGACAGCAGGACGAAGGAGCAGAUGGACGUUGUUUUGUUGUUACAGUGUUGUUUUGUGGUGUGUAUUGGCUUGUUGUCUGUUAUUUCUAAACUCUGUAUCCACAGGCUGAGGUCUGACAUCUUGUCCCAGUUUAUCUCCAUUACGAGUUUAUUUUUUAUUCACCUUCAGUGCCUGUUCCCACCAAAAUUGUUAAUUUCUGUGAGGUUGAUCUGUUAACGGGUUGGAACGGUAAACAGACUGACCUAAUGUGUUUAGAUCACGUGAAAAAUAUAGGCAGGGAUGGGGCAACAAACUAAUAGACAGACCCACAAAAUUUAGUAUUCAUGACCCAGUCAGUAAUUUAGACUUAAGUGCAGGUUCACUGACAUCUAGUGGUGAAAUUGUGCAACCCUUACAUCAGAGGAUCCCUGGCUUACAAAUAAGAAAAACUGAGCCCACAAAACCUCAACUAUCACUUCAGCAGUGAUUGCUCUGGACUAAGGUAUAUUGGCCACAUGUCAGAGAUACAGUUGCACUAAAGCACACAAAUGUCAAUUAAUAUUUGCAUAUUACAAAACAGAGAAGACAGCCUUGGAUGUUGGGAGGAAUUAAUGACGCUGCAUUAUGUGCAGUUGUUACAUGCUUUGACCAAGGUGGAGGCUGUGGUAAAAGGGAGCCCAGUGAAGCAAGAAGAAUGAUAGUCCCAGGUGGAGUCGAAGAUCAGCAGAGCUGAUGUCUGGAAGCUCCAAGGAGCUAAUAGAGGAAUUAAAAACCAGUGGAAGCGGGACCGAAGAAAUGACUGGCUUCAGUGGAGCAGGCGGGAGAGGAAGAUUAGGUGUGUACAUCCAUAACAUUGAAGUGUUGGGUGAAGAAACAGACUUGGUGUGGAACAUUGUGACGGGGUCUCAGACAUAAUACCAGACGGUGUGCAUCUCCUCUGAUCAAACAUGGCAUGUAAAUACACAAGGAUAACCAAUUAAAAUACCAACAGGUAUACACUGAUUAAUUAUAUAAAGAAUUGUAAUGGCAAGUACAAUUCUGUAAGGAUCAAACAGGAACACAGAGCAAAGGAAAUGAGAAACAAAGACCAAACAUUAUUACACAUGAUCAGGUUCACUGUUUUAGUUCAUUUUUAAUGUUUUAGUUCAUUUUUAAUGCAUUAUUUGUUAAGAUUGAACCUGAAGUCAUUAGACCUGUUUUAACACAAACCUGUUUAAACUCCACCCUCUUACAACACUUGCUAGGAUAAGACCUGCUUGUUAUUUCUCCUGUCUGUCGUACUGACAAAAGCAAAAAUCAAUCAGUCAUCAAUGAAGAACAAAAAGAGAAGUUUGUUUUGAGAUGUUUGUCUUUGAACAGAAAGAAGAACUUUGUGAUUUUCAUUGUGAUUAAUUUUUGCAACAUCAUUCAGAAAGUGAAAGUGAACUAGGAUCGCUGGAGCUCAAACAGUGAAAAUGGCGUCGCUAUCUGAAGAUGAUUUUUCUUGUCCUGUGUGUCAUGAAAUCUACAAAGAUCCAGUUCUUUUAUCAUGUAGUCACAGUUUCUGUAAAGAGUGUCUUCAACAGUUCUGGAGAACCAAGGAAACUCAGGAGUGUCCUGUCUGUAAAGGAUCCUCAAAAUAUGAACCACCAGCUAAUCUUGCAUUAAAACACUUGUGCGAGUCGUUCCUGAAAGAGAGAAAUCAGAGCCGUUCAUCAGGAUCUGAGGAGAUCUGCAGUUUACACAGUGAGAAACUCAAACUCUUCUGUCUGGAGGACAAACAGCCUGUGUGUUUAGUGUGCAGAGAUUCACAACAACAUGAAAAUCACACAUUCAGACCCAUCAGUGAAGUUGUUCCAUCAUUUAAGGAGGAGCUCAAUACAGCACUUGAGUCAUUACAAGAGAAAAUUAAACACAAUGAAAAGCUGAAGGGAGAAUUUGAGAAAACAGUUCAGCAUAUCAAGUCUCAAGCUGAGCACACAGAGCGUCAGAUUAAACAGCAGUUUGAGAAGCUUCAUCAGUUUCUCAGAGAUGAAGAAGAAGCUACAAUCACUGCACUGAGGGAGGAAGAGGAGCAGAAGAAGCAGAUGAUGAAGGAGAAGCUGGAGGAGAUCAACAGAAGCAUCUUAGCUCUUUUAUACACAAUCAAAGACACAGAGGAGAUGAUGAAAGACAAUGACGUCUGCUUUCUAAAGGAGUUUCCAGUCUCAAUGGAAAGAGUCCAGAUCUCACAGCCGGAUCCACAGACGCCUUCUGGAGCUUUGAUUCAUGUGCCACGUUACUUGGGCAAUCUGCCGUUCAGAGUCUGGAAGAAGAUGCAGGACAUCGUCCAGAACACUCCUGUGAUUCUGGAUCCAAACACUGCAAAUCCACAUCUAAUCCUGUCUGAUGAUCUGACUAGUGUGAGACGGAGCGAGAACAAAGAAAUACUUCCUGAUAAUCCAGAGAGAUUUGAUGGGUAUUCCUGUGUUUUGGGUUCAGAGGGUUUUAACUCAGGAACACACUGCUGGGAUGUGGAUGUUAAAGAGACUCAGUACUGGAGUCUUGGAGUAACUACAGCAUCAAAACAAAGGAAGAGAUAUGAUUUCUGUAACACUGAUGUCUGGUGUGUGCGGCACGGUCUGUCUGAAAGGUUUGGUUUUCCUGUUAAACAGGAUCUUGGUCCUGUGAGAGUGUAUCUGGACUAUGACGGAGGAACGGUGUCAUUCUCUGAUCCUGUAACUAACACACAUCUACACACAUUCACAACCACCUUCACUGACACUGUCUUUCCUUUCUUCUGUUGUUAUAGUUCUUCUUCUCUGAGGAUCUUACCGUUCAGUAGUCAGUGAUGGUUACAGCUGUAGGUCUGGAUCUCCUGCUUUCAUCACGUUUCAGUAUGUAAUUCAUAUCACAUGAGUAAGAGUGAUCUGUUGAUCUGAAUAUCAGUACGGCUGUGAUUGGGCCACAGCUGAUCACAUGACUGAUAUCAGCACUUACAGACACACUCACACUGACAUACUGUUGUUAUACAACAGAUCAAUAAAUAAUAAAAAUGCUUUAGUGAAAUUAAUUAAACUGUAAAAUGACUGAUCAUGAGUUUAUGAGAUCUGUUAUGAGAUGUUUUUAAAAAGUCUUUGCUGUGCUGAAAUAUUUUUAUUUUAUGCCUGUGACAA